AUGCUUCGAAUCAUCGCUUUCGUUCUAUCUCUUGCUCUUGCCAAUGUUGUCACAGGGGAUGAUGUUGAAUCUGAUCAACCCCAAUGUGUAAUAAAUUAUGGUAAGAAUCUUGCUGAUUUUCCAUGUAAUGGCUAUCUCUCGACGGAUCCAAAAUGCAACAAUAGUUUUCUGAAUAUCGUUAAUACUUCAUACUACCACUGCUCGGAAGCACGUAUAUUUUGGAAUUAUCCAAUGCAGAACUUGACGGUGACUAUCGAAUCAGCAAAUUAUACCAAGUCAAAACAACUAUAUUCAGUCUCGUUAACAGGUGGCAUGUUGCCAACCUACCGAAUUUAUCCAAAUGGAAAAGAAUUUCUUAUUACAAAUACAACAGCAGAAAAAAUUGUAGAAAUAUCUGAUGAAAACUAUCAAGUUGUGUUGAAAUUUCAAGGACCAAAACGCCUGACUUUUUAUGGAGCAGAAAUCGAAUAUCAAGUUGCACCAGUUUAUUUUUAA